AUGGACGUGAACUGCACCGUGAUUGAUUGUCCAGACCGCAAGGACUCGACACGUACACUCUUCCAUCUCCUCAUACUUGAUGCCCCAUCGCCCAGCAAUCUUCCCAUGUACGUGAAGGCACUGCAGCGUCGACAGGUGCGUCAUCUUGUGCGUGUGUGCGGCCCAACCUACGACGCGGCGCUUGUGGAGAAGAGUGGGAUUGAUGUUCACAGUUGGCCCUUCGAUGAUGGUGCCCCGCCGCCAAAGACAGUACUGGAGAGUUGGUUCCACCUGCUGGAUGCGGCAAAGGUGCAGCUCGACAGCGGCGUGGCGACGGAGCCCACUUCUAUUGCUAUUCACUGCGUGGCGGGACUCGGCCGGGCGCCUAUUCUUGUGGCAGUGGCACUGGUGGAGUACGGCGGGAUAUCCGCACUGGAUGCGAUUGCACUCAUUCGAGAGAAGCGACGUGGGGCGAUCAAUCAGACACAGAUGCAUUGGUUGAUGAAGUAUAAGCCACGUGAUGCGGGAGGCAAUGGAUGUAGUGUUAUGUAA